CGGCGUACAAGGAAAUUUCCAGGAGCUCGAAUUCGGCGAUAGCUUCAAUUGAGUAGCCGGGCCUGUUGGGAGCGAAGAACAAGAACAUCCGUCGCGUCCCCGUGUAAGACACCCUCUAGAGUCAUGGCUUCACUCCGGGAGGUCCCUCGCGCCGCGAGAAACGUACUCAAGGCUUCGACACUACAGCCGUCCGCAUCCACCUUCCGAAGAUGCGCUUCCACAGACGCUUCCUCGGCGAGAACGGCACCCGCUAUCCCAGACAUUGAGACAGAGUCCGGCCUUGCCACCCCGAUUGUAGACAGAGGCUCUAUCAAAAUUGAGGACCCCAGGAGAAGAGCGAGCAGGAGAGAGUCGGAGCUUCCUCAUUCCAGAUACCGAUACCACCCCCCGAAGUACUACAGAGGUCCCAUGCACCCUGUCCAACCGCCGCCCUCUUCCGAUCCCGUAGCCCGUGACUUCGUGCCAGGGCCCUUCAACCUUCCCCGUCUCAAGCAGACAUACAAUACCGUCGCCCAGGACAUCAUGACCCUCGCAUACCAGCACAAGAUCCCCGGCACACCCGACAAGCCAGAGCGGAUACGACUUCGAAGCUGGGGCGAUGAGUCGCCAUACAUGGAGAACCGGCCCAAGCGCGGACCUCGUGGUGCUGACGUCCUGCUACCCCUGGAGCAGAACAUCACGUACCACAACAUUCCCAAGAUCAAGUGCAUUCACAUUGCCUCCUUCAUGCCGCAGGCCAGGAAGAACCAGGACUACAUCACGGUGGCUAAAUCGGUAGUGCAAUCAAUCACCGGCGUGCGGCCAGAGGCCACUCACGUCAAGCACAGUGUUGCGCAAUGGAACAUCGUAAAGGGUGACCGCACCGGUGUCAAGGCGACUAUUCACGGAAACCAGGCAUAUGAGUUCCUGGACAAGAUGAUCAACCUCGUCUUCCCCAAGAUAAAGGAGUGGAAGGGUGUCGCUGGUACGACAGGUGACGGCGCUGGCAACUUGGCGUGGGGUUUCCAGCCCAGCCAGAUGAUGUAUUUCCCCGAGGUAGAGGCCAACUACUCGCUCUAUCCCGCAAAGAUGAUUCCCGGCUGCCGAAUCUUCGUUGAGACCACGGCAAAGUCCGACAGACACGCACGACUGCUUUUACAGUCCCUGGGCAUGCCGUUCGAUGGGAAGUUGAUCGACUAAGUGUAUAACACAUUUGGUCUUGGGACGGGAAUGUGCAAAUAAAGUAUCGCAUAAGAGCAUGUACAGAGUGUAAUAUAUAUAUGUGUAUCACCAACGGUGUAAAAUUUCAAUCACGAUGCUCACAUCA